AUGUAUCAAACUGUCGACCUCUAUCUAACACCAACUUUGAUUACUUUAGGCCUUGCUGGCAACAUAAUUGCCUUUCUUACAUUCUACUGCACAAACCUGAAACGUAUUCCGGCCUCGCAUUCCAUGAUGGCGUUGGCCGUAGCAGACAAUGGUUGCUUGUUCACAGUCUUGCUGAUGGUCUGGUUACCGAAGCACAAACUAGACAUUUAUAACAAGGACAUAUUGUGCCAAUUAAUCCUCUUCUGCAAUUUCGUCUGCAUCUUCUUGUCGCCCUGGUAUAUUGUCUGUUUAUUAAUUGGUCAAUACCUCGAUCUCUUGCAUCCCUCUUCAAAAUGGCGGAUUAAGACAACAUUCCGCGCUCGCCUUAUUGUUAUCAGUUUAGCAAUUUUUGCCAUUGUUUCCUAUCUGCAUAUGAGCUGGAUGUUUGGUGUGUACGACACUGGCGUUUGUGCCAUUUGGACGGAAAAUGCGGACGCAUAUCAAAUUUUAAGUAUAGCCGAUUGGAUUGUGGUCGUGUUCCUGCCUAACAUGCUUUUCAUCCCUCUGCUUUUACGACUCUUCAUUUUUCAGUGGUAUGACUGUCAAGCCAGACGUUCACUUCGGGGUCUUCAGCCGAAUCUACGACAGCACAACAACACCAAUUCAGCCAGUGGUUCCCACUCCAAUCAAAACAGCAGUCGAAUUGGACAUGGCAAUCGCGGGGUAUCUGCAGGUUACGGCUAUGUCAGUGGAGGUAACAGUUUCAACAGUCAUACAAAUGAACACGGCAGUCCAGGUUACUAUUAUGAACCUGAAUUGAACACUAACUUAAUUGUCUGCGUAAUCACUUUGGUCAGUAUUUCCCUUUCGCUUCCGUCCAGCAUCGAUCGAGCCAUAUUGAUUUUUGGCGACAAAUCGGGGAUCAACAUACAAAGACGUUUCGCACAUCAAUACGCAAUCAUCGUAUCUUACGGUAGUUACGCUAGCCGCUUCUUCAUCUACUUUAUUGUCUCGUCAACAUUUCGCAACCAUUUAUUCGAUCUUAUUUGCCGAACUGUGAAGCGGAUCGCCAUGUUUUGUUGUCGAAUAAGGUCCUCCCGACAUGAUAUCUCUUUAAGUAACUUGCCCACAACAGAGGUGCACACAGCUACGGUCGAUACGCAGACAUGA